AUGGAGAGACCUAAAUUAUCAGUCUCCGUCAUUGAUGAUUCCCAUCAUUUUGAAGGUACCUCUCGGGCACACAGCCCGUUGGAACAGAUCGAGCUGAUCCUCAAUUUGACGGGCACUCCGAGCAUGGAAGACUUAGAACACUGCCAUCCGGAGGCCUGCUGUUUUGUUCUCUCCUUCCGUCCCCGACGGCCAAAUCUGGCCACUCUCUACUCCCUUUCGCCCGACAUGAAUGCCAGCGCUGUCGAUCUCCUAUCUAGUAUGCUCCGAUUCAAUCCGGUGAGUCCUUUAUACCCGCGAAUUGUGCUUAGUAUUUUCUAUAAAUGCAGCCAGAAAGUGCUUUACUUAGUUUGA